AUGCGCAACGCGUCCUGGUCUGAGCCCAGCGGGGCCAAUGCGUCGUGCCUGGGAUCCGUUCCGGGCUGCCCCAACUCGUCGAUCCCGGCGCCGCUGCCGCUGCCGCCGCCGCUGGCGGUGGCCGUGCCCGUCGUCUACGCGGUGAUCUGCGCCGUGGGGCUGGCGGGCAACUCGGCCGUGCUGUUGGUGCUGUUGCGGACCCCGCGCAUGAAGACCGUCACCAACCUGUUCAUCCUCAACCUGGCCAUCGCCGACGAGCUCUUCACCCUGGUGCUCCCCGUCAACAUCGCCGACUUCCUGCUGCGGCAGUGGCCCUUCGGGGAGCUCAUGUGCAAGCUGAUCGUGGCCAUCGACCAGUACAACACCUUCUCCAGCCUCUAUUUCCUCACCGUCAUGAGCGCGGACCGCUACCUGGUGGUGCUGGCCACCGCCCAGUCGCGCCGGGUCGCCGGCCGGACCUACGGCGCCGCCCGCGCCGUGAGCCUGGCGGUGUGGGCGCUGGUCACCCUCGUGGUGCUGCCCUUCGCCGUCUUCGCCCGCCUCGACGACGAGCAGGGCCGGCUGCAGUGCGUGCUGGUCUUCCCGCAGCCGGAGGCCUUCUGGUGGCGGGCCAGCCGUCUCUACACGCUCGUGCUGGGCUUCGCCCUCCCGGUGUCCGCCAUCUGCGUCCUCUACUCCACCCUGCUGUGCCGGCUACGUGCCAUUCGGCUGGACAACCACGCCAAGGCGCUGGAUCGCGCCAAGAAGCGGGUGACCGUGCUGGUGGUGGCGAUCCUGGCGGUGUGCCUCCUGUGCUGGACGCCCUACCACCUGAGCACCGUGGUGGUGCUCACCACCGACCUCCCGCAGACGCCGCUGGUCGUCGCCAUCUCCUACUUCAUCACCAGCCUGAGCUACGCCAACAGCUGCCUCAACCCCUUUCUCUACGCCUUCCUGGACGACGGCUUCCGCAAGAACCUGCGCCAGCUGCUGGCGUGCCGCGCGGCCCCCUGA